AUGCCUCACGCCACCGCCGUCGCUGCAGGCGCUGCGCUGGCCACCAAUGGCACUGCAGUAGCAGGCAAUGGCACUGCUGAUGCAGGGAAUGGAAAGAAAAGCCACAAAGGCAAGAAGAACAACGGAAACGCGGCCAACCAGGCAGGUGCGAACGCUCAAGCCAAUGCUGACGGCGCUACUCUGGAGGGGGCCCUCGCCGCACUUGAGCAGGGCGCAGGAGCUGGCGAAGCCGGCGCAGGAGCUGGCGGUGCCACCGACAUUGUUUCUCAACUCACCAGCGCUCUCUCAGGGAUACUUGGAGGAGGCGCUGGAGCAGCUGGAGGUGCCGAAGCGGCGGGUGCACAGGCCCAGGGUGUCCAGGUCGGCGGCCUGAAUGUCGCUGGUCUGGGUAAAGGCAAGGACAACAAGAACUAA